AUGGCCGAACAAGGCCUCUUCUCUGCCGAAUACCUGUCGCCCGAAGUGCAGGCCGAGCUGCCUGAAGGUUACAAGCUGCGAGCUCUGCGACGGACGGAUUUCGACGCCGGCUUUCUCGACUGCUUACGGGUGCUGACGACGGUUGGAGACAUUCCAAAGGACAAGUGGGAGGCGCGCUACGACUGGAUCUCGAAGCAGGACGGCACAUACUUUGUCAUUGUCAUUGAAGACACGAAUACCAGCCCCUCGAGGAUCGUUGGCACCGGCGCAGUGCUGGUAGAGCGCAAAUUCAUCCACAAUCUCGGUUCUGUUGGCCAUAUCGAGGAUAUCGCCGUCGCCAAAGACCAACAAGGCAAGAAGCUUGGCCUGCGCAUCAUCCAGGCGCUCGACUACAUCGCCAAACAAAUAGGGUGUUAUAAGACAAUACUCGACUGCAGCGAGCACAACGAAGGCUUCUACGUCAAGUGCGGUUUCCGGAGGGCAGGCCUGGAGAUGGCCCAUUACCAUGAGGGGCACAAGAGUGGUAGCGCCCAAUAA